ACGCACCAAGGAUUUGGGUCUGGUCCUUCAACUCACGGCGUGAGCCGGAAUCUGGAGGCUGAGAGAGAGAAGAAUUUAGGUCUCAGCCUGUUAACGGCAGCAGAAGUGGAAGAAGCAGAAGGGAGAAGAGAAGAGGGCAACCGUCUACAUGAUGAAGCCGGCUGUACCAAUYGUCGCCCUUGUGGCCAUAGGGCUGCUGUUGCUCGUUGUGCCCACCAUUGCUGGUGACUGGWUAUGUCAUCCUSAAACYGACCAGAACGCAUAUACAARGAAGARAAUCGACUGCAAAAAGAACCCGGCAGCGGCAAGCGWGAGUGGGUGCCAAGAUCUGUGUGACAAUGACCCCAAGUGUUACGGAAUCGUUUACGCAGACUACAACUGGCCCAAAGGCAAGUACUGCUGCUUCCUCAAAAGUAAAAUCGACYCUAGCAAGUGGAGGUACCAGGCGGACCGCACUSUCUGUGAGUACGGAGAMGAUUGAGUCCGAUUGACAGAACAACUGCAGUGGAUUAUCGGUUCCAGCUGCGGUUUGAACGGCAGUGUUGCACUGAAGAAGAAGAGCUAUCUAUCCACCACUGGUAGUGCCAGCUGCACUCAAAAAGAGCGAAGCACGCAAAGCGAAGACAAGAAGCACCACCGGUCCGGGGGAUAGCAGCACCAGAGUGUAGUAGUAUAGAUGGUAUCAUCACGAUGGGACACUUGUCAUAUUGUUGCCUACGUCAGCUGCACUGCUGCACUGUUGCCGUAAUCAACUGCAAUUUAUGUGCAAAGAUCAUUCAUUACCAAGACUAGACGACAWGUGCAAGCAAGCUGAUGGUCCGUGAUGGAGUAUUAAAUGGAGUGAGACAAAAAGAUCACGACCAAAAGCUUAUUAUAGAAUGCGUAAGGAUGCUACUAGACAUUGCUAGGUCCUGCAUUAGAGGGCAUGCGAGAUGCAGGCAGGAAAAAAAACACAGUGUGGCUUUUCCGACUUUCCUGUUUGGUGACCUGAUGAGUGCCAGGCACACGACGGCUUUCCUGUUUGGUGACCUGAUGAGUGCCAGGCACAAGACGACUUUCCUGUUUGGUGACCUGAUGAGUGCCAGGCACAAGACGACUUUGAAUCCUGUUUGGUGACCUGACUGCCAGGCACAAAAGUUGUCACAGUGCUGCCUGUGCAGAAAGAACGACUUUUAUGACUGAUAGUUUGCUGCUAUAUUGUUGAUCUGCAAGAAGGAAAAGAACUUCAACGUGCCUUACGUUAUUUUGUCUGUACUCUCUURUCGCCGUGUCGUUCUCCUCCUCAUCCUUCUUCUUCUUCUUUUCAAUGUGCUUAUCUUCGUACAGGUCUUCCAUUCCUCGUGCCUUCUAUUUUAAAWUUUUUUGAACGGAGUGAAUAUGACCAAAAGCUUGUCAUCGAAUGUGUAAAGAUGCUAGUAGUUCCUGCAGUCGCAAACAUGCCAUUGGGAGAAUUUGGAACGAUGGAUUUUCCGCCUUUMCUGUUUGCUGACUUGAUGACAACGAUGAGUGGCAGGGCCGCACAAGAAGUUUGGGUGCAGAGAAACGGGGCGCGGCGGUUUGACGACGGCGGAGAGGACGCUAUUGCUGCGGCGGUUAAUGCCGUCCUCUUCCGCUGUCAAAUGGCGAGCAAUGACGCGAACUUCAAAGCGGCUAUUCGUGCACGGCGCAAGCUGUUGGCGCUUCCGACGACUGGGCAGUGCUUGGAUGUGGCUGCCAUUUCCGACGCGGUGCUGGAGGUCUGCUACACGAUGGGGUGCGGGGGGUUUCCACGGGCGACUCCACGGUGGUGGGUGAAGCGGCGAACGGGCGGUACGUGGGAGGAUCUGCGGCAAUGUGAUGACGCAACGGAUGAUUACUUCAAGGAGAAGCUUCGAAUGUCGCCUCGUUUUUUCCGCGAGAUCGCGGAGACUCUUUCCCCACUCCUUCAACGCCGUGUGACGUUCUACAGGGUGCCUUUGCAGCCAGACCACAUCAUUGCCUAUGCACUGUACAGGUGGGCCACGGGGGAGACGUACGACAGCGGAACACGUAGUGGUGUCAUGGCGAUACUGAGGAGUUGUUCCCAUCUGCGUGCUUGCCUUUCUGCAUCAGUGGGUGUAGUGCCAUGUGCAGUAGCAGGGUUUGUGAGGGGACCUGUCACGGUGGCUGCAUUGACAGUCGUGGAUGUCUGGCCAUUUGCCAGUGUACUGCUGCCAUUGCCGCACAGGGUAAAGAAUGUGGUGAGGACCGGUUGUGCGGUUCUGUUGGCGAACGUGGGAUCGGUGUUUGUGGGUAGGGGUGGUCGUGUCGUUGAGGGAAUUGUGGCAGUAAUGGAGAUGUUGUGUAUUGCUGGUGUUGUGGAAGUGAGGCCAGUGGAAGCGCGGGAGGGCGUCGUGCUUGGAAUGACAGAGGAGAUAGGUGCAGGGGGAAUCCUUCACGAUGUUGCCCAUGUGGAGGCUUCCCAUGGUGGAUUCGUACGUCCGGCCACAACUCGACAACGCUCGCCUUCGCGUUCUCGUUCUUCCUCACGUGCCGCUCAUGAUUGGUCGGACGACGUCGGUCGUGGAGACGACGAUGGUGGUGAGCGGUCUUCUGCCUCGGCGGAUGUCAUGCGACUGUGCGUCAAACCGAGUACUCGUGACAGACUUCGCAGGGUGCGUGAUGCCAUGUCUACUGUCAGCGGUGCACGUGGACCCAUCACCGACGCCAUCGAUCGUUUGAUGCAUUGGUCUUUGCCGUCUAUAAAGAAAGAGUACGGCGAGGCCGUUGCAGACGCUCUUUCAGCAACAUUGCCUGCACGUGUGUGUGACCUGCAUUUCCGUCUGGGAGAUGUCGUGACCGAAUCAGGAGGUGGCAUCGAUGCCGGGGUUGAUUCCACUUCAGACCGUUGCGCGUUUGGGGGAUCAUUUGACGGUUCACAGAGCUCUUUCUCGAGAUCGGACUGUGGUUCGCAGCGCAACAGCAGGGAACGUGGUCGGCCGCGUAGUGCGAGUCACGUUGCUUCCACGCCGCCGCGUGGGCAGGUGUGGUCUGAUUGCGGGGACGGUGCUGACCAGUGUGGUCCUGGCCCGGAUCGUGACAUUGUUUUGGAUACGAUGGGGUUGUGGAGUGGGGCAGAUAAACCAGACGUCGUGUUCCUGGAGCCGCCGAAGUUGAUUCAGCUGCUCGGGUUGUUUCAAGCGUCAGUGCAGCAGUCUUCUGCUGGCCAAAUCUGCAUCUACAGACUUGAAUUCGUCAAGUUUCUCGCAAGUGAACGUGGACACAAGGUGAGACAAGGUGUCUCGAAGAAAUGUGUCCCGAACUAUGGACCUAAGGCAGACAAGAAGGAGGAGGGGGUGGGAGAGGUGGAACGACACUGUCAGUGAGAGAAAAGCAGAUGGAUGUGAAGGCACUGAAGGGUACUAUGGGCUGCACAAAUCAUGCCAAUAAUAAUUACUGGUGGGGGACCACAGCUUUGGGUCCCUUUCUCCCAGCCCAUUCCUCCUCAUGCUACAGUCUUCCAGCAGUUCAGUCCCUUCAGUGACCUCCGUUAACGUAUAAAUAGUGGAGCUGCACAGCCACUGUCAAUACGCUUACGCACCAAGGAUUUGGCGCUGGUCCUUCAACUCACGGCGUGAACCGGAAUCUGGAGGCUGAGAGAGAGAAGGAGAGAAUUUAGGUCUCAUCCUGUUAACGACAGCAGAAGUGGAAGAAGCAGAAGGGACAAGAGAAGAGGGCAACCGCCAACAUGAUGAAGCCGGCUGUACCAAUCGUCGCCCUUGUGGCCAUAGGGCUGCUGUUGGUCGUUUUGUACCCGCCCACCGUUGCUGGUGACUGGACAUGUCAUCCUGAAACCGACCAGAACGCAUAUACAAGGAAGAAAAUCGACUGCAACAAGUUUCCGGGUGCGGCAAGCCUGAGUGGGUGCCAAGAUCUGUGUGACAAUGACUCCAAGUGUUAUGGAAUCGUUUACGCAGACUACAACUGGCCCAAAGGCAAGYUCUGCUGCUUCCUCAAAAGUAGUAUCGACAGUAGCAAGUGGAGGUACCAGGCGGACCGCACUCUCUGUGAGUACGAAGGAGACGAUUGAGUCCGAUUGACAGAACAACUGCAGUGGAUUAUCGGUUCCAGCUGCGGUUUGAACAGCAGUGUUGCACUGAAGAAGAAGAGCUAUCUAUCCACCACUGGUAGUGCCAGCUGCACUCAAGAAGAGCAAAGCACGCAAAGCAAAGACAAGAAGCACCACCGGUCCGGGGGAUAGCAGCACCAGAGUGUAUAGUACAGAUGGUAUGAUCAUCACGAUGGAACACUUGUCAUGUUGUUGCCUAAGUCAGCUGCACUGCUGCGGCGCUGCCGUAAUCAACUGCAAUUUAUGUG